AUGUGCACGCGUCAGGUCAUGCGCUGCGAGGUCUUAAGAGAAGGCUCUGGGGAGACCGCGAUCGUGGAGAUUUCACGAUGGGCAUUGAGCGCUGCACAGGCCAACCAUGACACUGACACCUACCAAAGCAGGUACUUUGAGUUGCAUCAUCGUUCUACUUGGACUUACAUCCAGGCAGACCUGGAGGCCCUUGGAGAUGGACCAGAGAGACUGAACUACGUUUGCCCGGCGCCGCCCUUUUCUCGCGCUUCUGUGAGCCUUUCGUUCAUGAAUGUGGCCGGGGAUGCGGGGGUUUCGUUUCGGAUUUGCGCGGCUGGAGUCGAUCUUUACGUUGACUGGGGCUUUUGGGACUUGUGGGGGUUUGUUAUGCAUGCUGACCCUACGGUUAGUGUUCACUGGCUUUGGGCUUUUGUCCUUCGGGACGAUGCGCCUUCGUUGGUUCUUGGUGGUCUCACUGCUUCUCGUUCCCUUUCGAGUAUUCUCGGCCCUGGAGUGAGUCACUCUGAAAGCGUUCUUGAUGUGCCUGUAGUUGCGGCUGCUGGAAUCGAAGCUGAACUCUCUCGCCGUCGCCGGUUCCGUGUUGCUUUUACUAAUAUGUCUUAUCGUCUGCGUAACAAUACCGUGCGCCGUGCCUUUUCUCGUCGGUAA